GGCCAUGGCGAAGCUAGUGGUGCUCACCCUCCUGGGACUGGCGCUCGCAGCCUUCAGGGAACACCGGUCUUCUUACCAAACACGAUUUAAUGCUUUCCGAGAAGUAAAACCUGUAGACCUUCCUAGGUGUAAUUUAAUUAAAGGAAUAGAAAAUGGCUCGGAAGACUUGGAGAUACUUCCUAAUGGUCUGGCUUUCAUCAGUACUGGAUUACAAUACCCCGGAAUAAAGAGUUUUGAUCCUAGUAAGCCUGGAAAAAUACUUCUGAUGGACCUGAAUGAAGAAGAUCCAUCAGUGUUGGAGUUGAGUAUCACUGGAAGUAAAUUGGAUUUAUCUUCAUUUAACCCUCAUGGAAUUAGCACUUUCACCGAUGAAGAUAAUACCGUGUAUCUGCUGGUGGUAAACCAUCCAGAUUACAAGUCCACAAUUGAGUUGUUUAAAUUUCAAGAAGAAGAAAAAUCACUUUUGCAUCUGAAAACCAUCAGACACAGACUUCUGCCUAAUGUGAAUGACAUUGUCGCCGUAGGACCUGAGCAGUUUUAUGCCACAAACGAUCACUAUUUUGUUAACCAAUACUUGAGAUCCUGGGAGUUACAUUUGGGUUUAGCAUGGUCAUAUGUUGUCUACUACAGUCCAAAUGAAGUUCAAGUGGUGGCAGAAGGAUUUGAUUUUGCAAAUGGAAUCAAUAUUUCACCUGAUGGCAAGCAUGUCUAUAUAGCUGAAUUGCUGGCUCAUAAGAUUCAUGUGUAUGAAAAGCACGCUAAUUGGACUUUAACUCCAUUGAAGACCCUGGAUUUUGACACACUUGUGGAUAAUAUAUCCGUGGAUCCUGUGACAGGGGACCUUUGGGUUGGAUGUCAUCCCAAUGGCAUAAAAAUCUUCUUCUACGACGCAGAGAAGCCUCCUGCAUCAGAGGUGCUCCAAAUCCAGAACAUUUUAACAGAUGAACCCAAAGUCACACUGGUAUAUGCAGAAAAUGGCACAGUGUUACAAGGAAGUACCGUGGCCUCUGUGUACAAAGGGAAACUGCUGAUUGGCACCGUGUUCCACAAAGCUCUUUACUGCAAGCUCUGACAGGCUGAUUUGCACCCAAGUCAUGAAACUAUGAACCCAUCAUUUCAACUACUUACCACAUGGAAGAGGCUAUGGUGAUCUCUAAACAUGACGAUUGACCCUAAAUUGGACAUCCAAGGGAUGGAACCACUGUCUAACUGGGAAUAGAUAUGAUGUGUAAGGCUUUUUGAGAGGGGAAUAUCAAACUCAUCUUGGGAAUACCUGAAAACUUAGUUACCAAUAAAAAUUCCCUUC